CGUGACCAGGAGCUGAGGGUCCUCCCUGCCGCACUGGGAUCGGCAGAGGCCCCUGUGGCUGUGUCCUGGCACGGACGCACAGAGCUGGGCCCUGCAGGACCCAGGUUCCCAGCCAGGGGACCGGCCUUGCCCUCGGCACCCUGGGAAUGCCUGGUGUUGCCACGGCUUAUGGGUGACAUUGGACCAGGGCAGCUGCCCCUUUCUCAGGGGCCGGGGCAUCCUAGGCUGAGAGCCAGGCCUGGCUGCGAGAGGGGCUUGGCCACCGCUUAUCACCCAAAGUCCCUAGACGACAGGGAGGGGGGCUCCCAGGCCUCUCUGACUGGGCAGGACCGAGGGGCUUGGUGACGUCGAAGGGCUCCAGGGGAUAUAAAGGCAGCCCUCUCGGCAGGCACCACACAUCCCCUGACUGAAGCAUCAUGGCCUUCCUCUGGCUCCUCUCCUGCUUCGCCCUCCUGGGGACCGCCUUUGGCUGCGGGGUCCCUGCCAUCCAACCCGUGCUGAGUGGCCUGUCCAGGAUCGUCAAUGGGGAGGACGCUGUCCCCGGCUCCUGGCCCUGGCAGGUGUCCCUGCAGGACAAGACCGGCUUCCACUUCUGCGGGGGCUCCCUCAUCAGCGAGGACUGGGUGGUGACCGCUGCCCACUGCAGCGUCAAGACCUCCGACGUGGUUGUGGCUGGAGAGUUUGACCAGGGCUCGGAUGAGGAGGACAUCCAGGUCCUGAAGAUUGCCAAGGUUUUCAAGAACCCCAAGUUCAACAUGCUCACUGUCCGCAACGACAUCACCCUGCUGAAGCUGGCCACACCCGCCCGCUUCUCCCAGACCGUGUCUGCCGUGUGCCUGCCCAACGCCAAUGACGACUUUGCCCCCGGGACCCUGUGUGCCACCACCGGCUGGGGCAAGACCAAGUACAAUGCCAACAAGACCCCCGAGAAGCUGCAGCAGGCAGCCCUGCCCCUCCUGUCCAACGCCCAAUGCAAGAAGACCUGGGGCAGCAAGAUCACCGACGUGAUGGUCUGCGCUGGCGCCAGCGGCGUCUCCUCCUGCAUGGGUGACUCUGGCGGCCCCCUGGUGUGCCAGAAGGAUGGAGCCUGGACCCUGGUGGGCAUCGUGUCCUGGGGCAGCGGCACCUGCUCCACCUCCACACCUGCAGUGUAUUCCCGCGUCACAGAGCUCAUACCCUGGGUUGAGGAGAUCCUGGCCAACAACUAAGCUGGAGGCUCUUACCAUCCCAGCCCUGAGUGUCCCCAAUAAAAGCAUCUGUACAGAAA